AUGCCCUGGAGUGAUCCCAUCAAGGGACUAUCCGGGGGCGGCGCUGCGAGUGCUGCCGGCUUCUCAAAACGAGGCGUCCAGAAUGGUAUUGAGGCAACGGGAAUCGGCGGAUACGGGAUGGGGCGAGCCUUUCAGAUGUGGCGCAAAAUCGUACAGGGUAUUGGUGUUGGUCUCAAGUCGAAGACAUAG